CUCGACGGAAUGCAUCGGUUAGCCGACAACCGAUCAGUUGGUUACUGGUUCGUUGCUCGGUUAAUCGUGAUAACCGCAACAGACCAUGUUAACCGGUUUUAAUGGCGGGGUGCAGGCCUGCGCAGAGGGGCACUGGUCGCUGGAACGGAAUGGCGCCGGCGGAGGACUGCCGGCUGCGAGUAGAUGAGGCCGAGGCGAGGUCGCGGCGGCGGAAGGAAGGGGAUGGCUAGCGGCGACUUCGCGUUGGCGGAGCAAGGGUCGUCGUCGUCGUCGCGGCAGUCGGGGAGGGAGAUGGUCGAUAGAGGGGAAAGGAGGAGCGCCGUCGCCGGUGUGAGAUGGUCGAUGGAGGAGGGUUGGGCAGGCGGCAGGGAGACUGGGAGAGACUUCGCGUCUCGCGAUGCAGAGGAGAUAUUCUUGGAUUAAAAUGGACCAACUCCUUUGUCCUUGAGUGAAGAGCAUUGGCGGAAGGGAAUUGGAGAGCUGCUGGGCAGUGAUUCAUUUAGUGGAGAAGCUGAGUGGAAUGCAGCGUUUGGAUAGAGAAAGCAUAUAUAUAUUUGGACGUAGUGUUUGGCUGUGGGGAAUGAGAUUUGGAGCAGAAUUUUGAGUGCCGCAGCCGAGAUUAGGGUUUAGGUGGAAGAGGAGGCGACUGUUUUACGAUUGAGGGGAAGGGGGUAGCUUUGCCGGUUAGCCGGUUAACCGGCAUAGCUAGCCCCGCUACCGAACACCACCCGAUUUUACAAUUUUUGGUUAGUCGGUUAACCGGUAACCACCGGUUAUUGGUUUAACCGGUCGGUUAACCGACAACCAAUAAUCAAACGUCCAACCCUAGUUAUGAGUACACACGACACAAUGGUAAUUGGUAAGUAAGGGUGGGCAACCGGUUGGAUGGGUUUUGCUCUAAAAUUCACUCCCUCACUUGGUAUAAUUAAGAUCCGGGUAAAUUGUAAAUUUGAUCACUGGAUUUACUAAAAAGGUUCACGUUUAGUCACUAGAAAUAUUUAAUUUCAUUCAUGGUCACUGAAAUUAGUUAAGUGGUUCAAGUUUGAUCACUCUCCGUCCAAUUCUGUUAUCUUUAUCCUACGUGACGAUCAACUCUCAUAGUUGACAGUUAAUAAGUGACGUGUCAAUUAAAUAAUAAUAUUAAUAAAUAAUAUUUAAAAUUCUAAACACAUUUAAAAAACAUAUUACCUUUUAAUUCCUAAACUACCUAACCCAGCCCUACCUAUCAUGUGUUAACUUCCUUUCUGCCCCUCAAAUUGCUACAUUCCCUCCAAUCUCACAACUCCUCCACGAGUUCACCAUCUGCUCCUCUACUUCCUUCUUCUUCUGCUCCACAAACUACUUCCCUAUCCCCUUACAACUCCUUGCCUUCCAUGGAUCAAUCGUGAGUUUCAUACAGUCGUUCCCGUAGUAUCUAGAAACAGAGCAGUCGGAAUCCUCGAUUACGUCGGCCAUGCCCUGCUUCCCACCGGCAACAGUAUAUUCAAUCCCUGGAUGCCACCGCCGCCGUCGACAUCAUCAUCUGCAAGAAUCAAUUUUUCGUUUCCCUUACAUGCCGCCUUAAUCCCCUCCUUUAUGUUCUUCUUGACGUAGAUCUAGAAAACCCUCUCCCAAACAAAUCACAACUUUCCCAAUCGUCUUUCCACAUCCCCAAAUUCCAGCAGCCUCAAGCCCUCAGAUCAGGCCUCGAUCUUACUAUAGAACGAAAACCCACUCGGAGAAAUCUUCUCCUCGGGUUCACGUUUACCAACGACGGUCGUUAGUUGAAAAGGAAAGGCACAGAAGAGGCAGGAUGACGACGACUAGAUAUUGGUAUCUGUGGAUGAAUUUAGCUAGGAACACCACGAUGGCCAAUUUUCUCCCAGGCUAUGAGACGCAGCGACGGGGCCUUGGUGGUUGCAACGUUGGCGGGGAUUAAAAAAAUAUUUUUUAUUUUUUUAUUAUUUAAUAGUUGGAAUAAUGAGAUGGAAAUUUAAAAUAUUAAAUUUAAUUUUUUUAAUUGACACGUCACUCAUUUAACGGUCAAUUAUGAGAGUUGAUCCUCACGUAGGAUAAAGAUAAUGGAAUUGG